CCGCUUCUUCUUCUCUACGCUGCCGUUCUCACUCCGGCGUUUCUCAUCUUCCAUUGUUGUUCCAAACUAAGUUCUUCUGCACCUGCGUUUCUCUUCGUCUUCCUUGAAAUGGAUAUUCCGCACUUCUUGUUCGGAGUUCUUGGAAAUGCGACUGCUCUGUUUCUGUUCUUGUCGCCAAUGAUUACUUUCAAGAGAAUCAUAAGGAGUAAAUCGACGGAGCAAUUCUCUGGCAUUCCAUACGUUAUGACGAUGCUGAAUUGCCUUCUUUCCGCUUGGUACGGUCUACCAUUUGUGUCCCCACACAACUUAUUGGUAUCAACGAUCAACGGGACAGGAGCGGUGAUUGAGAUCGUUUACGUGUUGGUGUUCUUAAUCUACGCGCCGAAGAAGGAAAAGGGAAAAAUCGGAGCGCUGUUUGCAUUUGCGCUUGGCGCUUUCACGGCCGUCGCGUUGGUGUCGGUUUUUGCGUUGCACGGCAAAAACAGAAAGUUGUUCUGUGGCUUGGCUGCUUCGGUUUUCUCCAUCAUCAUGUACGGCUCGCCACUCUCCAUAAUGAGAACAGUGAUUAAGACGAAGAGCGUAGAGUUCAUGCCAUUUUUCCUGUCGCUGUUCGUGUUCUUGUGUGGGACAUCUUGGUUCGUAUACGGCCUUCUUGGCCGCGACCCAUUUGUAGCUGUGCCAAAUGGGUUCGGGUGUGGCUUGGGCGCAUUGCAGCUGAUUCUCUACUUCAUCUACCGAGAUCGCCAGCCCGAUGAGAAGCCCACGAACAUGGAGAUGGGCCUGCACAAGGCCCCACUGGAGAAGCCGCAGGCCACCGCCAAAGUGGACCGUGAUGAUCAAGCCUAGUCUAGACAGUGUCCUCGCCGCCGGUGUAAAUUGUGGGGGACGCCCGGAGGGGGUGCUCUCGGCUUUCUUCUUCUCGACUUUAAGUUGUACUGCGUUUUUUUUUUUUUUUUUUUUUUUUUU